CCACAUCCUUUCUUCUGUAUAACAACCCUUUACGCCCUUUACUCUUUUCUCUUCAUCAAAAAAAAAAAUAGAAGUAAAAAAAUCCAUGUCUGAUAUUCAAAACUUUAAUUCUUAUGAUCCAUUUGCCGAUGUUGGCAAUUCUAUCGACAGCGCCUCUCAACAGGAAUAUAUCCAUAUUCGUAUCCAGCAGCGUAACGGACGCAAGACUUUGACAACAAUCCAAGGACUUCCUGCUAGCUUUGACAAGAAACGUAUGCUCAAGAUUUUCAAGAAGGACUUUGCCUGUAAUGGAACUCUUGUUGAGGAUGAAGAACUGGGAUCUGUCAUCCAGCUUCAGGGUGAUCAGCGUACCAAGGUCAUGAGUCUUCUUGUUGAAGAGGGUGGUGUCGAUAAGAAACAGAUCAAGAUUCACGGCUUUUAAAAAAAAAAAAGAAAAGAAAAAAGAAAAAAAAACUUCCUUUCAAGCAAGACUGUGAUUUUU